AACCUGAGCUCAGAAAUCUCUCAGAAACCUUCGGCACAGUAAGACGAAGCUACGCUCGUUCAAACUGCCGUUGCUUGUAGGUGAACUGAUUGUAUCUGAAAUCUACGAAAAAACGAAGAUGGAGAGAGAUUCUGCAGAAAAGUUUAAAACCCCGGCCCUGGGGAAGAAACAAGAGAUCAACAGCAGCAUGACGCAACAGAGGCCAGAGUCUGAGAAAGACAGCAGACCAAGGAAAAGGAAAGCAAAUAACAGUCCUGAAGAUGAGACCCCAAGAAAACUGUUGAGGGUCUCUGAGGUGGCCGGAUCCUCCACAAGCUGCCAGGACCAGAUCAGGACAUUAAGGAGAGCAAAGAGGAAUAUGCCUGAAAAAGGAGAAGGACUUUCCCCACCGGCUAAAAAAAAGAAGAAAGGACUCCUGGAGCUGGUCCUGACUAAGGAGCCUCCUUCCUCCUCAGUGGACGUCAGCAAAGAGUGCAGCAGCUCCAUUCUGCCACAUCACUGUGCAGAAACAAGAAAUUUAAGGAAGAGGAAGGCUAAGGACUUUGAAGAACCACCAGCCAGGAAGAGGGUGAAGAGAACGGAGACCAAAAAAGAAAGAGCGGAUGCCCAAAGAGCCAAAUUUAGGGAACAAUAUAUGGAGCUGCAAGAGCUUGGAGAAGGAGGCUUUGGAUCUGUGUUUGCUGGCUAUCGAGUGGAGGAUAAUUUACCUGUAGCCAUCAAACACAUCCCAAAAGAUAAAGUGAUCCUCAAACAUAAGGUAAGUGAGCAAAACCAUCUGGGACUGGUUUCACUUCUUACUGGAUUCCAGAUUAAUUUUGGGUUUCUCCUGUUUUUUGGGAUGUUUCAGGAUGAGAACGGCAGGCAGCUGGCCAUGGAGGUGGCCAUCAUGUUGAAAUUGAAUGCUGUAGCAACCAGUUCAGGGGGGCAGUCUCCCAUUGUGUCCCUGCUGGACUGGUAUGAUGUGGACCAGGAGCUUAUUAUAGUGAUGGAGAGGCCCAUGCCUUCUGAUAACCUCUUUGACUACAUUAGUGACCACAAAGGUCCCAUAAAGGAGAGCAAGGCCAAGUUGAUACUAAAACAGCUGGUGGAAGCAGGGAUUUACCUUCAGGAUGCAAGCAUCUUCCACAGUGAUAUUAAACCAGAGAACAUCCUGAUUGAGACUAGCUCAGAAGUCCCACGAGUUGUCCUCAUAGACUUUGGUUUAAGCUGCUUUGACAAGAGAAGAAAAUUUGAGAUUUUCCGUGGUACCACUGAUCACAUCCCACCAGAAUUUGACAGAAACGGGAGCUAUAGUGCUGGACCCACAACGGUGUGGCAGCUGGGAGUGGUCCUAUUUGAAAUUCUCCACAAGAAGAUGUUCAAGACCCCCAGCUUCCUCAUGAACAAGCUGAAGAUUGGCAAAAGGCUCUCCAAGAAAUGCAAGGACUUUCUAAACAAGUGCCUGACAGAAGUCCCGGAGGAGCGUCCCACCCUGGAGGAGCUGUUGUGCCACCCGUGGUUUUUGUGAACUACACACUCAAACAUAACCACACACCACACUUCACAAGGGAUUUUUUACUUUUUUCCUCAGUGGGCAAUUCUGACCAAUUUUGGGCUGGUUAGACCGGCUCUUAUGACUUUCCCCAUAUUCCAGAAACCCUUAGUUUAGUUAGAGAUUAUUGGCUUUUCUCCGGGUGCUCCGGUUUCUCUUAUAUUCCAGAAACAUCCCUUAGCUUAGUUAGAGAUUUCUGGCUUUUCUCCGGGUGCUCCGGUUUCUCUUAUAUUCCAAAAACAUCCCUUAGCUUAGUUAGAAAUUUGUGGCUUUUCUCCGGGUGCUCCGGUUUCUCUUAUAUUCCAGAAACAUCCCUUAGCUUAGUUAGAAAUUGCUGGCUUUUCUCCGGGUGCUCCGGUUUCUCCUGUAUUUCAGAAACAUCCCUUUACUUAGUUAGACAUCCAUUUACGUAGUUAGUGGCUUUUGUUCUGGUGUUUCAGUUUUGCCUUCUGGUCCAAAAAAGUUUAGUAGCUUAACUGGACAUUCAUGGCUCUUCUCCUGGUGCUGUGGAAAUGGAGGAAGUAGAAAGCACAUUGAUGCGUUGUAAGCUUUUACAAUAACAUCAAUAACAUCCCUUUAAUUCCCCAAGAUUUUUUGGUCCAAGUUUUCCUCCACACCAAGAUCAUCCUAAGCACAACAUCUAUUUAAGCAGUUUGUUUUUACUCAGCACAGUAAACACAAUCAAUGAACUAUGUUGUCUGUUGUUUUCUCUAGAUUCGAGAUCCUCCUGACCCAGUGUGUUUGUGUAUGUCUUGUCUCUCUUUCCUGUCCUCUCAAACCCCAGCCGGUCAAAGCAGAUGGCCGUCCAUCCUGAGCCAGGUUCUGCUAGAGGUAAAUUCCUUUGAAAAGGGAGUUUUUCCUCUCCACUGUCACCCCGUGUUUGCUCUGGAUGGGGGAUUGCAUUGAAAUAAGACUUUGAUGCAAUCUGCUGGUUUCCU